CUGAGUUGCUCAUACAGUACAGUUAGCGUCCGCAGAGCGCACGGAAACGUGAAGAGGUUGGCAAGGAAGAGAGGUGUGCGAUCGACGUGUAGAAAGACUGUAUACCGUGAAUCGCGCGCUUGUGCAGUGCAGUGUAUCGCGUGAAGGAGCAGCCGUGCGUAUGCGUAACCGGCUAUAUGGACGAACUUGAAGUCGAAAGGGAAGAAGGUGUGCGAGAGUAGACAGAGCGGCGGCGGCGUCGAGCGCAGGCAAGCGGGUCAGCAUUGGUGAGCAAGCAAGAGCACGAUUAGCCGAAAACGCGCAGUCGCGCGGUGAUCCUGUCGGGUGGGAGGCGAUCAGCUGUAAGCACGCGAGGAGCGAAAUGUUCGUCCUGCAGAGGUCUAUAUUAUCGCCCAGCAGCAGAAAUUGUGCAGGAUCAUGGGCGCGAAUGCUGCCACCUACGCAUCCUGCUGCAAAGGAUAUUCAAAGGAUAUACAGAGAAAUCCACGAAGUGUCCGGAGAUGUUGUACCUAUCAAUAUGGUGAAAGGUAUUGGCCAUUUGAGGGACCCUCGACUUAAUAAGGGACUGGCAUUUACUUUGCAAGAAAGAAUAUCCUUAGGUAUACACGGCUUGCAACCACCAAGAUUCAAAACUCAGGAAGAACAGUUGGCUCUGUGCAAGGCCUCAGUCAUGAAGUAUACUGAGGAUUUAAAUCGGUAUCUUUAUCUCGUGGAAUUGCAGGAAAGAAACGAGAGAUUGUUUUUUCGUCUAUUAAGUGAAAACAUCGAGCAGAUGAUGCCAAUCGUAUAUACUCCUACCGUCGGAUUAGCUUGUCAGAAGUUCGGCGUUAUCUACCGCAGACCUCGUGGAUUAUUUAUCACAAUAUAUGAUAAAGGUCACAUUUACGAGAUCUUAAACAACUGGCCUGAGCAAGCGGUUCGUGCAAUUUGCGUAACAGAUGGAGAGAGAAUUCUCGGUCUCGGUGAUCUCGGUGCUUGUGGGAUGGGAAUUCCGGUAGGAAAAUUAGCUCUUUACACCGCCCUGGCUGGCAUAAAACCGCACCAAUGCCUACCAAUUACUAUUGACGUCGGCACAAAUAACGAACAGCUGAGAGACGAUCCUCAUUACAUUGGUCUUAACAAACCCAGAAGUCAAGGCGCUGAAUAUGAUGAAUUGAUUGAUGAAUUUAUGGCUGCUUGCGUGAAAAAAUAUGGCCAAAAUGUUCUCAUUCAAUUCGAGGACUUCGGAAAUCACAAUGCCUUUCGUUUCUUAGAUAAAUAUCGUGACAAGUAUUGUACGUUUAACGAUGAUAUACAAGGUACUGCCGCAGUUGCCGUUGCUGGAAUUUUAGCAUCGAAAAGAAUAACCAAGAAAUCUAUGUCCCAAAAUAAAUUCGUAUUUUUGGGUGCUGGUGAGGCAGCUAUUGGAAUAGCUGACCUUUGUGUUAAAGCGAUGGAAGCAGAUGGUUGUACCGAACAGGAAGCUCGUGAUAAUAUUUGGAUGAUGGAUAUUGAUGGAUUGCUUGUUAAAAAUCGACCAGAAGGUAACCUGGAAGGUCAUAAAAUCUGGUAUGCGAAAGAUCACAAAGUGAUGAAAUCACUAUUGGAAGUUGUAAAAGAAGUGAAACCAACUGUUCUAAUUGGUGCUUCAGCAGCAGCAGGAGCAUUUACUCCUGAAGUCUUGAAAGAAAUGGCCAAAAACAAUGAAAGACCUUUGAUCUUUGCAUUGAGUAAUCCAACUAUCAAAGCAGAGUGCACAGCUCAACAAGCUUACGAUCAUACAAAUGGAAAAUGCAUUUUCUCGUCGGGUUCUCCGUUUGGCGAAGUACACUAUAAAGGAAAAGUAUAUAAACCUGGACAAGGAAACAACGCGUACAUUUUUCCUGGAAUCGCAUUGGGCGUCAUCGCGACUGGAUGUCAUCACAUUACAGAAGAUUUAUUCCUAAUCUCGGCUCAAGCUGUUGCUGAUCACGUGAAAGACGAAGAUCUCGAAGUGGGCAGUCUCUACCCGCCGUUAAGCACUAUUCGUGAAUGUUCAAUUGAUAUCGCCGUACGAAUUGCUAACUAUGCUUACGCUAAAACUGGAUUGGCAAGUGAGUAUCCAGAACCAAAAGACAAACGCGAAUUUAUUGUAAGUAAGAUGUACGAUGCUAACUAUGACAGUCCACUGCCAAAUCUUUAUGACUGGCCAGGAGAUUAUGCCAAACCACGUGUUCUGCCGGAUAAAGACACUGUAGAAAUCCGCCACGAUUUAAAACAUCUGUAGCGGAUUUCACCGGGCGGAAUAUUCAGAAGCUAUCAUUAUUACCAUUAUCAAUAAAAAUAUUGCUGUAUCCUGUAUUGAAACUAUAAGACAGGUCGUGACACAAGUACAGGCAACAGUGCGGUUGUAAAACAAUUUUAACUGUAAGGACUGUUACUCUGUCAGUGACUAAUGCCAGUGCUUUUACCAUAUAACUUGCACGAGGUGUUAAGCACGAGAAACAGUUACAUAGUGCUAUUAUUACAGCAUCGAAUGUCUCAGUAAGCUAACAUUGCAGUAUUUUAACGGUCCCCUUCAUCCCAUAUGCAAUAUUAGGAUUGCUAGUUUAUCGUUUAAAACCGUACUAGGUAUUAACCAGUGAAAGUAUUUAAAGAAAGUUUAUAACGUUGUUAUUCACCUCUAUGCCCUAUAUUUAUGUUGCAUAAAAGAAAGACACAAAAACCGAUAUAACACAUAGAGGUACGCCUGCAGUACGUUUAUGAUUUUAUAUUAUACACAUACAUACCUAAGUAUACAUAUACAAACAUAACGUAAUAAAAUUAAGUAUAUAUUUGUACAGUGAAAUUUUUCGGCCGUAAAAUUGAUAACAAAUAAAAUGAAAAAUUUCACGAAUACAUACAAUUGUUUCUAAGUAUAACUAGAAAUUUACUUUUUUUCAUUUAUUUCAAGUAUUUCGAGAGAUUCCCUCUGAAAGAUGUUAUUUUAUAAAUAACAUUUUUUUUGACAUAGAAAUGAAUUUUCGUAAAACUCAAAUACAUAUUGUACUGUAUGUUUAAGGUUACCCGAUUUUUCCUUUUCGGAUGAUGUCAAUAUGUCCCAAUCUCCUUUCACCCUGAAGAGUCAAUCUACUUCCCCAAAAGAAAUCCCAAUCAAAUUGAACAAAUGUACGGUCCAAAGAUGAUUGGUGCACUUGAAGCACACUUUAGUGCUGUCACAUUUUUAUUUUGCCAUAUUUUAUAUAUACUUUUAAUGAAUAAACAUCAUUUUAUAAAUAAGAAAGGGAAAAGAUAGUAGUGAGAUUAUGCAAAACAACUGUCAUUUGUGACUUUUAAUACAACACGUUUAAUCGUUGCUUUUGCAAUUAGUAUCCGUUUCAAAUUAUAGACGAAUUUAUCUUAGGUUUGCUCAAAUAUAUUCGCGCGUAAGCGAAUAUCAUUUUACGGGUAAAAUAAUGUAAUGUUUAAAGCUACCGAUAGCACAUACCGACAUAAUCGAAAACUGGUUUCGAAUUUGCUAUUUGAAUGUCUGUGUGUCACAUGUAAAAAGUAUUUUACAAACGGUAAUGAGAUCAUUAGAUAUGUAUUUCAUAUACUAAAAUAUACAUACAGUUACGUAUCUGUUCCUGAAAUAUUUUCGGUGUUUAUACUUUUCGGGCAAUUGUUGUAUAAAGCAAUUGUAUACAAAUCAAAUAGUACGACUUAUUUUUCUCUACGUAUCAAAGAGUGUCUAUUUUCACGAAAACGUAUUAAAAACGCGCUAUGUAUAGAUGUCAAUAUUUUAUUCUAGAUUUGUAACGAUAUAUUUUAUCGAGUUUCGCAUGCUCUGUCCAAUAUAAAAUUCCGAGAAACCGCACGAAACGUAUACUAUAUAUGCAUAAAAUGUAUGUGUCAUAUAACAUGUAAUUGAUCGUUAGUUAGCCAAAAUGCCGGUUAUUGAGCCCGGAUACAAUGCGUGAGAAUGUUUGCUACUACGAAUUUCGUUGUUUACUUUUACACUUUAAAAUGUCACAGUGAGUUUAGCCAAGUGACGAACUCUCAAUAUCGAAUGAUAGUACAUUAGAGCAGCGAUUGGAAGAGAUAUAUUCAUGUCCCAAUCUGAUUUCUUAUGUAUGUAGCUGAAUACAGUCGCAAAUCGUCACUUAGUUAAGCGUAACACGUUAAUAAAGUAUUAUUACACCAUUACUAACCGUGUUCUUCUCCCAACAGAUUAUGACGUGUUGGCGAGUUGAAAGACAAGGCGACUGCUCUGACGUAUAUACAGUCGUUUUAAGUUAAUUCGAGUCAAAUUUCAAACAAAAUGACUCAAAAGAUGGCAACACUCCCAUAAUCCUUUAAACAAAAAUUUUAUUCUAAUACAUCAGGAAAUUCAGUUCUUAAUCCAACUUCUUUAAGUGCUGAUACUCCGUACUUAUUUAUUAUUAAUUUAAAGCCACAAUUAUAUUUUAUAUAUGUACGUAGGCUGUUCACUAAUUUCAGAUCCGUAUCUCUAUUUAUUUUAUUUAUUUAUAAUUUUUAUUUUUACUUUUAUUUAAAUUGAACGACUAAUGUAUGUAAAUCAAAAAGUAUUAUUAUAUUGUGAUACUUUCUUUUGAACACUUAAAGAAGAAAUUAGUGAAUAGUUAAUGCUCGUAGGAAUUAUGUCAAUAUAUUGCUGAUAUAUUAUCUAUCAUUUGAUUUCUAUUAAUAUAUGAACAAAUUUUUUUUUCAAAAACUGCAAUCUAAGUAAUCAUGUGAAAUUUAGUAUGAUAUAUUAUAUUUUUAAAAAGGCGAUAUUUAUAAUCAUCAAAAGAGUAAAAAUUUUUAAACACGAAGAUAUAUUCUAUUCUGUUAGGUAUACUAUGUAAGGCCACAUAUGUAUGUAUGUAAAUUGUCACUUCGUUUGUUCAAUUUUAUCAUGGUUUUAUAUUACAUUAACAAACACUGUCAUCAAGAAAAAAAGAUAGAAAGGCAACAUUGUAAAAACCGUGUUUUUUGUACUGUAUUGUAAUUAUCACUUUUAAGUUAAGUAAAUAUACAAAAGUAAAAAUUCUGUCAUAAGAUUCCUAUAUGUUCCGUGAAAUAGAAACUUUAAUGAACAACAUGGAUUUGAUUAUUACUAUCAUGUAACAAAUAUAACAAAACACCUCUCUUCUAAAUUAUUCUGAAUUAUAUCAGAUUAUACUAUUACAAAGGUGAAAAAUGGCUAAGAAAAUGAAUACGGGUCCGAUUGGAUAUUUUCACAUUAUUUCCUAUAAUUAUUUCUAGUAGACAUAAUACAAUCACGAAAACAAACACGCUUAUUGGUCGAAAACGUCACAUAUCAAGACCAUAUAGCAACACGUGACUGCAAACAAUAAAGACCAGUAUAUACUUCCCUUGUCGCUGUGCCGUUCCGCUAGCCAUUUCUCAUCUCUGUAUUAAUGUAUACAUAUUACCUAGAACGAGAGGAAUUCAAGUUAUUCAAAUGCAACUAUGUGCUCAUUAGAAUUUGUUACUGAAUGUGUACAUUAAACACUAAAGCUAUGAAUAAAUGUUAAAUUAUGGUCGUUAA